UAGAAUAUAUAAUUAUUAUCAAUUCCCAGACUUAAUUUGGGAUACUUAUAAUUAUAUUAUAUAUAUGUAGAUUGGCCAACUCUGCGAUAACUGGCUGAGUGGCUCUGACCUUUCAUCUUUGAACCCUUGGCGCGCUGACGUCAUAACAUGGAUUCUGUCUAUCACCAGAGUUGUGUAUGAUUUGUUUGUUGCUACAAGCCUUACACUGACAAUGUUUCGCUCCUCUGGAUCUUUCGACCGUCUGUUAGAGAAGGCAACAAGCCAGCUGCUGUUAGAACCUGACUGGGAUUCCAUAUUACAAAUAUGUGACAGCAUCAGGCAGGGUGAUGUACAACCCAAGUAUGCACUCCAAUGCAUUAGGAAAAAGAUGUUCAACCAAAAUCCAUUUGUGGCAAUGUUUGCCCUACAGGUACUCGAGUCCUGUGUCAAAAACUGUGGAAAUCCAGUUCACGUGGAAAUUGCAACCAAGCCAUUCAUGGAAGAGAUGAAAGAACUGGGAAAGGUAGGGAAGGACACCGUCAAGGCAAAGGUGUUGGAACUGAUACAGGUGUGGUCUCACGCCUUCCGCAACAAGCCAGUCUUCCGUAUCGUACAGGAUACCUACAAUCUAAUGAAGCUGGAGGGAUACCAGUUCCCUGCCCUGAAGGAGAGUGACGCCAUGUUUGCAGCGGAUGAGGCGCCGGAGUGGGCUGAUGGAGAGUGCUGCCACCGGUGUCGCGUCACCUUCACCAUGGUUCAGAGAAAGCACCACUGCCCGCGCUUGUGGACUAAGAUCUUCUUGCAGCAGUGUUUCGCGCGUCCAGGUGGCAGCAGUUGCAGCAGCACGUCUAGCAAGGACGGGGAACUGCCAGCCGAUUACCUGGCCAAGCAGGUACAGGAAUCUUCUGCCCCUGCGAUGGAAACUAUCAGUGAAGUUGACCCGGAACUAGCCAAGUACCUGGACAGACACUACUGGGAACACAAGCGCGAGAAAUCGAAGAGCAGCCCGUCGGCGCCCUCUGGCGAGGAGAAGAAUCCCGGCGAAGUCAUGAAGUCGCUGAGCGGUAGUCCGCCGGCUACAAAGGCUGCGCAAGAGAAGUUCCAGAACGGAGAGGUGGACGACGUGGACGAGUUCAUGAGCGCGCUGCGGCGUUCCAUCGAGAUCCUCGUCAACCGCAUGCGCAGCAACUCCUCCAGGGGGCGCCACAUCGGCAACGACACGACCGUGCAGUCGCUGUUCAUGACGAUCAUGGCGAUGCACCCGCAGCUGCUGAAGUACAUACAGGAGCAGGAUGAUGCGAGGACGUACUACGAGGGCCUGCAGGACAAGCUUACGCAGCUGAACGCGGCGAGGGAGGCACUCGACUCGCUGCGGGAGGAGCACCGGGAGAAGAAGCGAUGCGAGGCGGAGGAGGCGGAGCGGCAGCGGCAGAUUCAGAUGGCCCAGAAGCUCGCCGUCAUGCGCCAGAAGAAGCAGGAGUACCUCGAGUAUCAGCGGCAGAUCGCACUGCAGCGCAUGCAGGAGCAGGAGCGGGAGAUGCAGCUGCGCGUCGAGCAGCAGAAGCAGCAGUACGCGAUGCGGCAGUACGGGCAGUACCCGCAGUACGCUCCUCAGACGCUGCCGCCCGGCGGCGCCCCCCAGCCGGGAAUGCAGGCGCUCCCACCCGCUGCCGCCCCGCAGCCAGGCAUGCAGGCGCUCCCACCCGGUGCCACGCCCCAGCCAGGCAUGCAGGCUCUGCCGCCGGGAGCAGCGCCGCAGCCAGGCAUGCAGUCCAUGCCGCCGGGUGCGUCCCCGCAGCACAAUGCAGGUAAUGUCUAG